AUGAAACUAGCCAUCAUUGGUGGUGGACCUGCAGGAUUCUAUCUUGCCUCUCGAAUUCUCUCUCGCUCAUCCGACCCGGCUCUACGCAUCCAUAUAUUCGACCGACUAUGGUCUCCACACGGUCUCGUGAGAUAUGGCGUAGCCCCAGACCAUCCGGAAGUCAAAAAUUGUACCCAUAAGUUUGACGAACAAGUCGCGUCAGAUGGUCGGUUCAGCUUCUUUGGCAAUGUGAAUGUUGGGAACUCUGCUCCUCUUCAAAACACUAUUCAUAUCCCACUCCGCGAUAUUCAACGCAAUUACUCGCAUCUCGUCUUUACUACUGGCUGCACAGUGCCAACCAACCAUUCAGCCUUGCCGCCAUCACCUUGGGUUAUUCCAGCCCUCAGAUUUGUACAUUGGUACACUCAGCAUCCCUCUUCGCCUCCAGCCCCAGCUCUCGACAAGAUGACCCGCGUUGCGUUGAUUGGCAAUGGCAACGUCGCUUUAGACAUUGCUCGUAUGCUACUGACCGAUCCAUCUGUACUCCAGCAAUACGAUGUCCCAGUGUCCGUUCUCUCCAUCUUGAAACAAUCAAAGGUCUCGCACGUCGAUAUUCUGGCUCGACGGGGGCCACUUCAAGCGGCGUUCACUGCGAAAGAGCUUCGCGAACUAUUGAAUCUGCCCAAUGCCGCGAUGGAGCCUAUUCCGAGCGAACUCCUUGCUAUUCCUGCGGACACUACGCCAUCUCGAGCCCAAUCACGUAUUUUCCAGCUACUUCAGAAAGGCUCCAAGAUGAGCUUUGGGAACACACCUAAAUCCUUCUCACUGCGUUUUUUCGUCAACCCAACCGGUCUGGUUCCUCCUUUGAGCGAGGGGAUGCCCCAACUCCAGCUUGAACAAACCUCACUUGACGCAGCUGGCCGGGCGCUUUCUGGUUCUCGUUUACCGCCUCUGCCUGUUUCUCUCGUGGUACCAUCCAUCGGACUACAGCCAGACCCAGCUUUAGGGCCUAUAAGAACACGUGCCGGACGCGUCUUGAGUGCAAAUGGCCAUUCAGUCCUCAAGAACAUGUAUGCCGCAGGCUGGGCGGCCACGGGUGCUCGCGGUGUAAUUGCUACCACUAUGAUGGACGCUUAUGCAGUGGGGGAUACUUUAUUAGACGAUUUAGGAGGUUGUGAAGGAGAAAUGCACAUGAACCCGGAACCAUCAGAUGACCGACCUCCCGAAGUCAUCCAGACUGCAAACAGGAUUGUGACCUCGUACGCGGAUUGGAAACGCGUUGAUGCGGAAGAGGUACGCCGGGGCCAACAACAAGGCAAAGAACGUGAACGAAUGACAUGGUCAGAGGCGCGUGCAUUCUUGUGGGAUCUUUGA